AUGCAUCAGAAGAAAUCAGAGGUUCAGAUCGGAAAAGAAAGCGUAGGCGUCUCUUCCGAUUUCAAUCCUUCGCCCCCUCUGCAAUACCAGAAACACCCUCACCACCGCCACCAAUUCUACCCGCAAAUCGAAAUCGACAUCUCCCCACCGCAACAGCGAAACGCGGCGCCGCAGCCAACCCCUCCGCCCUCCCUCUCCAAGCAGAAGCAUCUCCACCCGCACGCCCAGCCGCCUUUCUUCAAGUCCCACAACGCCGCCUUCUUCUCCGUAACGGUUGCUGCCAAGAGCGCUGCGUUCCGCGCGCUUCGGCGCGUGAGGAGGCAGCGCGCGUUGCUACUACUCGCCGUGCCGCUUCUCUACCUCUACUUCCUCGUCUCGCGUUCCUUCCUCCUCGACCUCCUCUCCGCGAUCGCCUUCUCCGCCGCGCUCGUGUUCUCGCUUAACCUUGCGUUCCCGCUGCCGCUCCGCUCGAUUCGGCUCAAGGCCCCGUCCGCGGUGGUCACACGCCCCGCGCCGCCGCUGCCGGUUUUCUGGACUAUCGGUUCUCGGCCCAAGUCGGAGAUGCGCGUGGCGUCGGGGUGCUGGGUGCAGGUGUUUGGAAACGGCGACGUUUAUGAGGGGGAGUUUCACCGAGGAAAGUGUUCCGGGAGCGGGGUGUAUUAUUAUAGCAGGAGUGGGAGGUACGAGGGGGAUUGGGUGGAUGGAAAAUACGAUGGCUAUGGGGUGGAGACUUGGGCGCGUGGGAGUCGCUACCGAGGGUGUUACCGGCAGGGCCUGAGACACGGGUAUGGCGUGUAUAGGUUUUACACCGGGGAUGUGUACGCCGGGGAGUGGUCUAAUGGACAGAGUCACGGGUGUGGGGUUCACACGUGCGAGGAUGGGAGUAGGUAUGUUGGAGAGUUCAAGUGGGGUGUCAAGCAUGGCCUUGGUCAUUACCAUUUCAGAAAUGGUGAUACAUACGCCGGCGAAUACUUUGCUGAUAAGAUGCAUGGUUUUGGGAUAUAUCGUUUUGCAAAUGGCCAUCGAUAUGAAGGAGCCUGGCAUGAAGGUAGAAGGCAAGGACUUGGAAUGUAUACAUUUAGAAAUGGUGAAAUUCAAUCUGGCCACUGGCAAAAUGGAUUCCUUGACAUUCCAAGUACACAAAACACCACUUAUCCAGUUUCUUCUGUUGGUGUAUCUCAUUCCAAAGUGUUCAAUGCUGUACAGGAAGCGAGACGAGCAGCAGAGAAAGCAUAUGAAGUGGCCAAGGUAGAUGAAGGGGUGAACAGAGCUGUAGCAGCUUCUAAUAGAGCGGCCAAUGCAGCUAGAGUAGCUGCUGUGAAAGCUGCACAAAAGCGGAUGCAUCAUGUUACCAAUGAAAGCUUCGCGAUUCCUGUAAUGUAA